AUGGACGAAGGAGCACCAGCACCGCCGCCAGCCGGCAGCAAGUACGAGAAGGUGCAGUGCUUUGGCCGCAAGAAGACUGCCGUUGCGGUUGCAUUGGUCCGCACUGGAAGUGGUCAGGUGCGUCUCAAUGGCUGCCCAUUGCACACGGUGAAGCCAGACAUUCUGCGAGUCAAGGUGUAUGAGCCGCUCCUCCUCCUGGGAAAGGACCGUUGCAAGAAGGUGGACAUCCGCCUGCGAGUGAAGGGAGGAGGUUUCACAGGGCAGAUCUAUGCCCUGCGACAGGCCAUUGCCAAGGGCAUCAUUGCGUACUACCAGAAGUACAUUGAUGAGGCAUCAAAGAAGGAGAUCAAGGACAUUCUCAUGGCCUAUGACCGAUCCCUCAUUGUGGCAGAUCCUCGACGUUGCGAGCCAAAGAAGUUUGGAGGAGCACCAGCACCGCCGCCAGCCGGCAGCAAGUACGAGAAGGUGCAGUGCUUCGGCCGCAAGAAGACUGCCGUUGCGGUUGCAUUGGUCCGCACUGGAAGUGGUCAGGUGCGUCUCAAUGGCUGCCCAUUGCACACGGUGAAGCCAGACAUUCUGCGAGUCAAGGUGUAUGAGCCGCUCCUCCUCCUGGGAAAGGACCGUUGCAAGAAGGUGGACAUCCGCCUGCGAGUGAAGGGAGGAGGUUUCACAGGGCAGAUCUAUGCCCUGCGGCAGGACAUUCUCAUGGCCUAUGACCGAUCCCUCAUUGUGGCAGAUCCUCGACGUUGCGAGCCAAAGAAGUUUGGAGGAGCACCAGCACCGCCGCCAGCCGGCAGCAAGUACGAGAAGGUGCAGUGCUUCGGCCGCAAGAAGACUGCCGUUGCGGUUGCAUUGGUCCGCACUGGAAGUGGUCAGGUGCGUCUCAAUGGCUGCCCAUUGCACACGGUGAAGCCAGACAUUCUGCGAGUCAAGGUGUAUGAGCCGCUCCUCCUCCUGGGAAAGGACCGUUGCAAGAAGGUGGACAUCCGCCUGCGAGUGAAGGGAGGAGGUUUCACAGGGCAGAUCUAUGCCCUGCGACAGGCCAUUGCCAAGGGCAUCAUUGCGUACUACCAGAAGUACAUUGAUGAGGCAUCAAAGAAGGAGAUCAAGGACAUUCUCAUGGCCUAUGACCGAUCCCUCAUUGUGGCAGAUCCUCGACGUUGCGAGCCAAAGAAGUUUGGAGGUCGCUCCGCCCGUGCCCGCUUCCAGAAGUCUUACCGAUGA